GACUUGCCGGCCUGACGCAGAGGACCACACCGACCCGACGCUAAACGAGUUCCGCGACAACAUGGCCAUCCAGUACGCCUAUGAAUCACCCAAGAUGCCCACCCACUGCGACGGCUGCGAGGCUGCAUACUCGCUCGACCACGCCCUCAACUGUGGAGUGGGUAGGUUGGUGAUUCGGCGGCACGACGAGGUGGUGGACGUGCUGUGCGACCUUUCCGCCAAGGCUUGGGGCGAGUCGGCGGUCAGGAAGGAGGUGGUGAUCGUGGAGCCGGAGGAGGGGGAGAAGGGGGGCGGACGGACGUGAUGGGGGGGGGUGUGGGCGCGACAGAAGGACGUGUCGUUUGACCUCUGCAUGACAAACGCUGACGCGUCUUCCUACCGCAAGCAAUCAACCGCCUCCAUCCUCAAGAGCAAGGCCACGGCCAAGAAGGUCUACCACAGCCGUGUGUGCGAGGACAAGUCCAUCCACUUCACCCCUUUGUGCGUCACGGUGGAUGGUGUGUGGGGCAGAGAGGCCAAUGGUUUUGUCAACCGCGUGAUUGAGAAGCUGCGCACCAAGGCUGCGUGGGCAGACAAGUUGUAUAGCCAGGUGAUGGGGUGGGUGCGUGCUCGUUUGUCUGUUGCACUGGCACGUCGUGCGAGUACGUGUGAGCGUGGUGGGCGGCGCCGCUGGAAGAUACGCCAGGCGGGCGCUGAGGAUGGUGCUGACAUGUUUGUCGCGUAAUUGAGGGUUGGUCGAUUGACACAGUUCAUUUCAUGAGAGACCGACAGACUCUGCCUGCCGUCGCGCUAUGAGUUAAU